CAAGAGAUUUAUCGGGAGAGGGAAACCCAGAAGUGUGGCUGCCUCUGCUCAAGCCCGAAGCAGUAGGGAACUGAGCAGAAGGCAGGGUUUAAGGAGUUUUGGGGAGAAAGCGGGAAUUUUCCUGGUGAAGAUUUCCAGAGUGAAGAUUGCUGGGAUUUCAACUCCCGAGCUCGGGCUAGCUCAGAACUGGCGGGCUUCUGUGGCAAACUCAGCGAUUGGUGGGAUUAUAUUUCUUGACCUUGGUUUUAGGCUUGAGGUCUAGUUAGGGUUAGGGUGUUUUUCUUUGGCCCUUUUACCCUACACAAAAGUCAUGUGAAGAAAGUCUCUAUCCACCGGCACCUUGUAACCAGCCUCUUAUUUAAUUCGGUUAAGCCCUUACCCCAGCAGAACCAGGCAACAUCAUUCUGAAGAGUAGGAAACCGGAACCAGGAUGGUAGCGGCUACUGACGUCAGAUGCUAUUGGCGUCAUCAAGUAGAAAGCUUUGCCUAGUCUGUCUUUCCCUCUUGGAUUAUACAGUGUGUUUCCGUGGUUUGAUGCGUGAGGAUCAUGAGUUCAAAGCUAACCUGAGAUACACAGUGAGUUUCUGUCUUUAAAAAGUAAAGGAUUUUUCUAUGCUAGUAGAAAGGAGCAGAGUAUCCCCACCAGAAAGGAUCCCAAACUCAGCAUCGCCAACGAGCUUCCUGAGAGAGCCAAAGAGAGAGAAGCUGUUGAGUAAAAGUUGCAGAGCGCUCACGGAGAUAGAAAAAGAACUUCAGGAAGGGCCAAGUCGUCAGAUCCGAGAGGCUCCGCAGAGCGCGGAAGGGUCGCGAGGCGGAACCACUCUUGCAGGGUAAAGUUGUUGGGGGGCGGGGGGGGGCGGCGGUGUUCAUAGCGGAAGAAGCCGGAGGAUUUCCGAAGCGAGCGGAAGCGGCGCGGUCCGGGUCCAAACCAGCCGAAAGCAUGGCUGGCGCGUCUUCGGAGGCGGAGGCGGAGGCGCUGGCCGCGGCGCGCGAGCGGAGCCGCCUCUUCCUGAGCGGCCUGGAGCUGGUGCAGCAGGGCGCCGAGGCUCGAGUGUUCCGUGGCCGCUUCCAGGGCCGAGCGGCCGUGGUGAAGCACCGCUUCCCUAAGGGCUACCGGCACCCGGAGCUGGAGGCGCGGCUCGGCCGGCGGCGGACGGUUCAGGAGGCUCGCGCGCUGUUGCGCUGCCGCCGUGCGGGUGAGGAGGGCCGGACCGGGCUCCGGGAGACCGGUGGGGACAGGAGAGACGGAGCUCCGGGAGACGGAUGGGAACGGGAGAGACGGGACUACGGGAGACCGGUGGGGACGGGAGAGACGGGGCUCCGGGAGACGGGUCGAGUCAGGACAGUCGGAGUUCUGGGAGACCGGAAUAGCUGCCCCCGUCGUCUUCUUUGUGGACUAUGCUUCUAACUGCCUAUAUAUGGAAGAAAUCGAAGACUCGGUGACUGUUCGAGAUUAUAUUCAAUCCACUAUGGAGACUAAACAAGACCCCCAAUGCCUCUUGGACUUGGCCAGGAAGAUCGGGCAGGUUCUGGCCAGACUGCAUGACGAGGACCUCAUUCACGGGGACCUCACCACCUCCAACAUGCUCCUGACACGGCCCCUGGAGCAGCUGCACAUCGUGCUCAUCGACUUCGGGCUGAGUUUUGUCUCAGGACUGCCAGAAGACAAAGGCGUAGACCUCUAUGUCCUGGAGAAAGCCUUCCUCAGCACGCACCCCCACACUGAGACUGUGUUUGAAGCCUUUCUGAAGAGUUACGGUGCCUCAUCCAAGAAGUCCGAUCCAGUGCUGAAGAAGUUAGAUGAGGUGCGCCUGAGAGGGCGAAAGCGGUCCAUGGUUGGGUAGCGGAGCUGUGGUGACUGGCUCACAGUGAAGGAUGAUGUAGACGAGGCUGGACCUCAGCAAAGCGUGGGGUCGUUAAGUGGUCUGUGAUCAUACUGGGACACCACCAUCCUUGGCUCACUGUUCUCAGGGGCUUCGUGUUCAUGAGAUUUAUUCUAGGCAGAACUGGGUGGGUAGCCCAGGCUAGCCUUGAAUUUGUGGCAGCAUCUUGCCUCAGCUUGCUGGGAGGAGGUUAUAAACCACCAUACCUGACUUUGCACUGAUUCUGUAAGAAACAAAACAUCUAUGAUUACAUUUAUUUUUAUAUCUUUUUAUAUUUAUUUCGUGUGCCUGUGCAAAUGUGUACAUGGAGGUCAGAGAGUCAGAUCUCUGGUUCUGCAUUGUAGAAUCUGUCAUAUGGAUUCCAGGGUGAUUAAAUUAAAUUAAAAUUAAAUCCAGGUGA